AUAACUAUUUAUGAAAUGUGCCGUUUGUGUUUCGACAUUUCCGCUUCCCAGUCUUUUCUCUCCUCCGCCUCUUCCCGUCCUUCGAACGCCGGACUCCAUCCACUCGACGUCUCCGAUUCCGGCGACGUAUUCACCGAUGGGGCGACAAAUUCUCUGAAGCCGUGACUUUUCUGCGUGAAAAGGGAGAGUACCCACUUGGCUUUGAGAAUCUGUCUGUUCAUGGAACGUUAGUUCUUGUUUUGAUAAAUUGGGAGUAAGAGUUUCAAAGCCAAGAUGAGCAGCUUUGAAAGGACCCUUUUAUGAACUCUGGUUGUAAGGAUAAGGCAUAUCUACUUAUUAAACUUUUUCAAUGAACAAUCAACACAAUGUGAAGAAGGGUAUUUUGAAUUGUUUGUUGAUUUUCUGAAAACAACCAUUGGACAGAAUGUGUCUACUCAGGUUCGGCUUCAGGAGUUCAGAAUGGGCUGCUUAGCUUUCAGUUAAUGGCUUUUACGUGUACCUCUGAUCUUCACUUGUGUUUUUGGAAGAAACUUUCUUAUGUGUUGCUGCAAAUAAAAUUACCAUGCUUAAGGUCGUUCUCUUCUCGUAAUUCCACUCGUAGAUUUGAAAGAAGGAGAAGUUUAGAUAAGGCACUCAGAGUUCUCGACUUCAUUAGGCCCAAAACCAGUGCUGUAUGUCAUGAUCAUCGUGAAGGCCAUCUUCGCCUUAUUAAGGAUAUUUUGCACCCAGCUUCAGAACAACUUAGGUCCCAACGUCUGAGCAUUGAUUUUGGUUUUCCUGGUUCAGGUUCAUCGGACAAGAUAAUUGAUGGGUUUGAUAAGGUACUUGAAUCUACUUCUGUUUUUCAUCAACCUAGCGGUGGGAGUUUGAGGAUUGAUGCAACUGUUUUGUCAUCUGUCUUGAGUUCUUGUGCAUUCAAACGCGAUCAUCGUGUUGGUGUUCAGUAUCAUUGUGUAGCAAUUAAACUUGGGUUUGUUGAAAAUGUGUAUGUUGGAAGUUCUUUAGUCAGUUUGUAUAGCAAAUGCAAUGAGUUAGACAAUGCUUAUAGAAUUUUUCUAGAAAUGCCUAUGAGAAAUGUAGUUUCAUGGACAGCUAUUAUUAACGGCUUUGCACAAGAGUGGCAGAUUGAUGUUUGCUUGGAGCUUUUCCACUCAAUGAGGAUGUCAAACUUGAGACCUAAUGAUUUCACUUUCGCAAGUCUUCUAAGUGCUUGCUCGGGUAGUGGGGCCCUUGGACAAGGGAAGAGUGUCCAUUGUCAAACAAUUCAAAUGGGGUUUGAUUCCCACAUUCACAUUUCUAACUCUCUCAUCUCAUUGUAUUGCAAAUGUGGAACUAUUAAAGAUGCUUUUUACAUAUUUAGUACUUUAAAUACCAAAGAUAUUGUAUCGUGGAACUCCAUGUUAGUAGGGUAUGCUCAACAUGGGCAUGCUUGGCAGGCGAUUGGUCUGUUUGAAGAAAUGAAGAAGCAAAAUGUGAAAGCUGAUGCCAUCACCUUUCUCGGUGUCCUCUCUGCGUGCCGACAUGUGGGUCUUGUUGAAGAAGGUCGACUCUAUUUCAAUUUGAUGGUUGAACAUGGUGUAGAGCCAGAACUAGAUCACUAUUCAUGUGUUGUUGAUCUUCUUGGUCGAGCUGGGUUAUUGGAAGCGGCUAAAAAUGUCAUUGCAGGGAUGCCUUUUCCUCCAAAUGCUGUUAUUUGGGGAUCUUUGCUUUCGUCCAGCCGGCUUCAUAGGAGUGUAUGGUUUGGGAUUGAGGCUGCACAGAGUAAGCUAUCACUGGAACCAAGCUGUGCUGCAACCUACCUGCAAUUGGCAAACCUCUAUGCUAGCGUUGGAUGCUGGGAUCAUGCAGCUAGCAUUCGAAAACUGAUGAAAGAUAAAGGGCUGAAAACAAGUCCCGGUUAUAGUUGGAUUGAAAUUAACAAUGUUGUCUACAAAUUUAGAGUUGAAGAUAGGUCAAACACCAGAAUGGUUGAUGUUCUUUCAUUUUUAGACAGUUUGUCAGACCACAUGGGGACGGACUAUGAUCCUAAAAUGCGUGAGGAAGAUAUACAUCUUUCUCAUUUGCUCUAUUAUGAAGAUUGCUUUGUUAAGUAGCACGAUAAAAAUGCAAAACUUUGGAGAUUUACUCGUGCGGUGUGCCUUUCCAACAGAUAGCCAUAUGCUGCCUUCUUUCCUUUCAUGUCUAUCUGAUUCCUCAAUCUUUUCAACUCGAUACUGAACAGUCACAUCAAUCUCUGGAACAUAAAGUUAAUAAUUCAAAGUUUCAAACCCCACAGAGAGCCUCCAAGUUCCAACUCUAUUGUUUGAGGUACUCAGUUGUGCAGUGACAAUGUUUGCCGUCAAGAUUGCCAGGGCUAUCGUGAACUAACAAUACAAGUCCCCUUGGAAUUUCCUUGCACAUUCAGAAAGAUAGAUUAAACCAGUUUGUUGGACCAUCUAGAUGGAAAACAGUGAGUAAAUGUUAGUUGAAAUUAUAAGCAGAGAAAGUAACUGUCUUACAGACAAUCUCAACAGCAACACCUAGUAUGAUCAUAUAAUCUCAAUGACAUGAAAUAUUUCUCUGAUGGAGGCAUAGAGAACUUUGUCGAGACAAAAACAGACUCUAUGAUUACACUGUUCUUUACGUUCAUGGUUUCUUGUAACAGAAGCCCAAAAGUGAGGCUAAACAAAACAUAGAAGCAGGCAGGCCCCGGGCUAAGGCGGGCCAGGCCCACGCCUAGGGCCCCUUAGCCCAAGAGCCCAUUUUUUUAGCACUUUUAAAAAUACCAUAAAUUUUUAUAAAAAAGGUCUCUAAUCCCUAAUUUUUCUUAGGCCCAAAACUCUUGUGGGGGAGUUCUUCACAAACUGUCAAAAGUACUUCCCUUUAAUUUAAUUCUCUGUAAGUGAUAAUGUUAGACAUUAUAUAAUAAGAUUUUCCCAGGCCCCUCAUAUAUCAAGGAAGUUCACAUUU